UCCCGCCGGAGACACCGGAGGAAAAGAAAAACGACGGGAUAAAAAAAAAAACACACAACAACAGAAAACCAACCGUGAAACCAGUCGGAUACACUUCAGAAAGAAAAAGAAACACUGUGAAGGAUUUAAACCCGGAGCUGGACAGCAGAGGAUAGCCGCGUGUCCAUUUAUAUUUUAGGGCGAGCUGAUUGAUCACGACACGCACACACACACAUUACACACACAUUAUCCAUUACACACACACACACACACAGUCACAGGUUGCUACCCUGCUAGCCCUCUUGGAUAGCUCGCUGCAGGUUUAUCCGUGUUUCUCUUCUUCAGCAGAGGAUCCUCCACUUUAAAAAAAAUAAAAACACUGUCAGACAUUUUUCUUUUUUCUUGCAGACAGUCUUGCCUCCGUGAUUCAGUCAUGAUGUGGUGUUUUUUCGGACGUGGAUCAAGUUGGCCGGCUGGUAGCAUUGGCUGACUUAAAAAAAAAAAAGCCUCUCUCUUUCUCACUCUCUCUGUGUGUGUGCAUUUUCCUCCUAUUCCCUUCCUCCUGUUUUUAGUUUUCCUUUAUUUUUUUUUAAACUUGGACUUUGCCCUCCUGCUGUUGCAACUCUCUUUCUCUUUCUCUUAUCAAUUAAAAAAAAGAAAGGGCCUCUAUUGAUUCUUCUGCUGGAGUAUAUUUCAGAAGUUGGCUGCAAGUUUUUUUUUGAGAGGGGGAAGAAGAAGAAGAAGAAGAAGAAGGAGGAGGAGGAGGUAAAAAAAAAGAAAAGAAAAGUUUGCGUGUUGGGAAGUAGAGGAAGAUUUUUCCAGCCUGUGGAAAAAAUGGAUGCGGGUAUAGAGAAGGAAUGCAGCGCCUUGGGAGGGCUCUUCCAGCUCAUCAUGAACGACAUGAAGGCCAGUUAUCCUACGUGGGAGGAUUUUGUAACCAAAGGAACCAAGCUACAAUCACAGCUCAGGACGACCAUCCUGGUGACCGGAGCCUUCCUGGAUGCUUUUCAGAAGGUGGCAGACAUGGCGACAGGAACCAGAGGUGCCACCAAGGAGAUCGGCUCAGCGUUGACGAGGAUGUGUAUGAGACACCGCAGCAUCGAGUCCAAACUCAAACUGUUCACCACAGCUCUCUCAGAAAGUCUCAUCACGCCGCUGGAGCUGAAGAUGGAGGAGUGGAAAAAGGUGGCGAGUCAACUGGAUAAAGAUCACGCUAAAGAGUAUAAGAAGGCCAGAGCGGACAUCAAGAAGAAAUCAUCAGACACCAUCAAACUGCAGAAGAAGGUCAAGAAAGGGAAGGAUGAGGUGCGGGGCCAGCUGGACAGCGCGUUGCAGGACGUCAACGUGCGUUACGCCGUCCUGGAGGAGACGGAGAAGCGAGCGGUUUGCAGAGCGCUGGUAGAGGAAAGAGCGCGCUACUGCAACUUCGUCACCAUGCUGAAGCCUGUACUGGACCAUGAGAUCAACAUGCUGGGUGAAGUGACCCACCUGCAGACCAUUUUGGAAGAUCUGACCAACCUGACAGCUGAGCCCAAUAAACUCCCACCAGCCAGUGAGCAGGUGAUUUUGGACCUGAAAGGUUCUGAUUUCAGCUACACCUAUCAGACGCCUCCAGCCUCUCCCAGUGGCACUCUGUCCAGGAAGAGCAGCAUUAGCAGUAACUACCAGUCUGGAUCAGUGAGACACGUUCCCUCCUUGGACUCCAUCAGCUGUGCUGUGGAUGGAGUGCGCAUCCAGGAUGCAGUCGGCUCCACCAAUCAGCUCGCUUCUGGAGGAGCGGAGAACGGCCUGUUGGCUCCUCCACACAACGUCUACCAUGGAGAGAGAGCCCGCGCCAUGUCUGCAUCUGGGAAGUCUUGCUCGGCCCGUGAUCAGUUGGCGCUGACGUUGGGCGUGUUGAAUUCGGACGCCCCGAGGAGCAGCAGGGACUCUCUGCACUGUUCCAGCGGCUACAGCACCCAGACCACCACCCCGUCCUGCUCCGAGGACACCAUACACACACACACAGUAAAGAGAGAUCCUCCCCUCUAUGUUGACUACGAGUCCAUCUCUCUCCACGGAGACGCCGACUCCAUCUCUUUACACCAUCUCUCCCACGUCAACAGCCAAUCAGACUUUGACAAAUCCUCGACCAUCCCGAGGAACUCCGAUCUCAGUUUCCAGUACAGGAAGUUUGCUCAGUCCCAGCGCCCCACCUCCACCGUCAGCCUGUUGGCCGAGCAAGAAUUGAUCGGCGGGUCCGUACGCCAGCUGCCGACUCACACGGCAACCAUCAGACGCAAGCCGUCGUCCAAGCCGGCGUAUCGAAGGGGUACGAUCAGCGGGGGGGUUCCCAUACCCAUCUGCACCCCUCAGAUCCCCCUCAAAGCGAUCGCAGGAAACGGCGGCAGCGAUGACAAUGUGUUCACAGUGCCCUCUGCUGUAGGAGCAGGAGGUUUAGGUCACAGUAAACUCUGCACCUCCACGCAGAGCCUCAGCGCCCUGCCUCCCAACUCCUCUUCCUCACCGUACUACCAGCUGGUCCCGGGUCAGAUGCCCAUCCCGGUGCCCGUACCCACCGUACCCUCCCUGCCACCAGAGGGCAGCAACGCCAAACAGCAACAACAGAGACAGUACCAGCAGCAACUACAGCAACAGCAACAGCAACAAAUCAACCAACACUUAAACCAUCAUCAGCAGCAGCAGCAGCAGCAAAGUGGGCAACUGCUGCAGCACAACCAACAACUCCAGAUUCAACAGCAGCAGCAUCAAUAUCAGCAGCAACAGUUUCAUCAGCAGCAGCAGCAGCAGCAACAGUUUCAGCAGCAGCAGCUUCAGCUUCAGCAACAGUUUCAGUAUCAACAGUCUCAGCUGCAGCAUCAGCAGGAUCUGUAUCAACAGCAGCAAGAACAGCUGCUGCACCUGAACCAGCAGCAGAAACAGAAGCUGUUCCAGCAGCAGCAGCAGCAGCAACAGCAGCAGCAACAGCAGCAGGCCUCCGUUGCCCAGGGAGAUCCCUCCGCUCCAGGCCACAGCGCUCACUACCAGCCCCAGCCUCCUCCGCCCUCCAUCCAGGACCAGAACCCGGAGCAGCCGACCCAGGAGGGAGAAGGAAACAUGCUGAAUCUCAUCAGAGGGGUGAAGCUCAAAAGGACCCUCACCAACGAUCGCUCCGCCCCUGCGCUGCCCCCUCCGACCAAUCACAAAUGAGGCUUAUGACACUUCCCUGCUGGUUAACUGUCAUGUUUAAAUGGGUCCAGCAAACACGUAGACUUCCUGUUCAGUACAGAUUGAGGACUUGACAAACGCGCUGAUUAAUCGCUGGAACUAUUCUUGUGUCUUGUUUGAUUUUAAAUUCUGCGUUAAGAUUUUUCUGUUUGUCUUUAACUUUUUUUUUGGAGAUUUUGUUGUUAUUUCCUGUUGCUGCAGCGACCAUCUUUUGCCUUUUUGUUUUUGCAUUUCGAUUGUGGAUAAAGUUUUUGUUCGCCCCAGUCUUACCCAUGGAACUAUUGAUUGUUUUUAUUUAGUACUCACUUCCUGCUUAGACGAUUGUUAUGUGGCUCGUUAAUCAGCCGGACGGGAAGCUGUUAGUGUCUCAGAUCCUCUUUGAGUACUGGGGUGUGUUUGAUUUGCCUUUUUUUGCCUAGACUCCCAGGAGGGUGGGGUUUAUUGAUUAGUCCAAUAGCUCCACUACUGUGUAACGUGGUUGAACCAUGGCGUGUGGAGGUUUUGAUGUGCUGGCUGUGGGUAAGCGGUGGGUCCGGUGUAUCCGAACGGUGAGUGACAGUGCUCGGUUCGGUCUCGGUCAUCUCGAAGAGUCAGAUACUGAACCUGACGCUCAUGACUCUGGAAUAAAACAUCGACUGGAUCUGUAGAUUGUAAAUAUGUCAGAACAAAGGAAAAAAAAAAGCUUUAGGAGCAGCUGAGGAGGUGAUGUUUUGCUUAAUUUCACAUCAUCCUUUGCCUCCAUGUAGAAAUCUUAAAUAGACAUAUCGGGAUGCCAAAUGGUGCAGCUGAAAGUCACUGCUUGUAGUAAAGGAUUAGAAAUGUUACUGAGGUUGAUCAUCUGUUAAAUAAUUAGCUUGUUAAUAUUCAGAACAAUCUUGAUUAAAAGUCAGUGAUCCGUCGGCAACUUUUAGAGGCAACAUGGACGUUGUUGGAGAAGCAGAUUGGCGACUGUGGACCACAUUCUUGCUGAUAACAUAGCGGGCUAUGAGGAGCAUAACUAUAGAGGUUCACAUUAAAAGAACUUUGAUUUAUUUCUGUUUCUAAAGACACAGGAUCUAAUAUGUUUAAUAAAGACACUGUUAGAAGUUUAUUUUGUUUGUGUGUUUAAAUUCAGCUCCCCCUCCUCAUAAACACUCAGUUUCAAUCAGCAUCCGAACUGGAAAUCUUCCAACUCUUUACGUCCUGCUUCAGAGUUCAGGACUGUGUGUGCAUUCAGGCAACGUUUAUUUAUCUUUUUAUUUAUCUACAGAGUUUGGUUGGGCUCCAAAUAGCUGGUUCUAUUUUGGAUCUGGUUCCAUGCUGCUGAACCAUUUGGAUUUGUUAUCACGAAAAUCUAAUUAAUCCCUUCAUCCAGUCUAAUAUUGCUUUUGUUUUUUUUUGGUUCCAGACCUCUGAAUCACCGCCCACAUUACUGAAAAAUGUGUUGCAGCUAAUUGAUUGGCUGUUUUACCCAUUUUAGAAAAUCAACCAAGCUAAUCAAAGCUUAGGAGCGAUUAGAAAUGAGGAUGUAAUCUUCCAGAAAACCGAAAAAUAACAGCAAGGUUGAACACAGUGUGCAAAGUACUGUGUGACUGUCGAUGGAUUAUCGCAGGCUGUGCUUCCCAAAAAAACUAGUUCUGCCUCAGCCACAAUACUGCAUGACUAUCUGUCCUAUAUGCUGGUAAAAAAUAAGAAUGUAAAUAUUUUAAAAGAAGCUGAAAAAUGCACAAACCCAACUCAACGCCACACCACAGCACAUUGCUAUAUUUCUCCAACCUGACAGUAUUAUCUACAUGCAAACAGCUGCAGCACCAAUAUAAAAUAAAAGUGGCUCAAUUAUUUCAUUUUUAGGGCGUCCUGUGUUAAUUAAGGGACCAAGAUCUCCUGAGAACUGGUCAAUAUGUAGAAAUAACCACUCCUAAAUCAGCAUGUUUCUUAAAUCGACAUGACAAAUAAGUAAACUGCUCUGAGCAACAGCUGCCAGAGGUUUUGUGCCCCCAAAAUGUUAUUAGAAAUGGCCAUUCAGCCAGAUCAUCAGGCUUCAUAUAUAAAAUGUGGAGGUUGUCUUUAAAUUGUAAAUUUGGUAAAACUUUGAUGUACUUUAUUUCAAACUUUUGUUACUUAAAGUUGUUAAUAAGCCCAAUGCAUAUGUUUGUUGGAGCAGAGAUGCAGACGGACGAGGGUCUGAUAAGAUAAUUUUAAACCCCAACAGUUACUGCUGAGCAGUAUUAAGAAGGAGAGCUGAAAACUGAAUCAUAUAGAGAUUCAUAUAGAGAAGGUUCAAAGGUUAUAUCAACCAGCUGUCGACUUUAAACUUGACUUCAGCUGCUGUCUGUUACAUGUGAUGAUGCUGAAAAAGAUACGUUGCCUCUAAAAGUUGCCGCCCGAGUGUCGCUUACAAAGCAUGCUGGGACGCAGGGCCGUAGCUACCGCUGACACACUGAGGUCAUGUCCUGUUCUUAUUCUGUGUCAUUUAAAGGAUUGAAUGACAUGAGAAUUUUACUCAGGCUGCAAGUAUCAAGUAUUGUUGAAUAUUGUUUUGUUUAAUAAUUUGGUCGAUAAAAAACUGUAAUUCAAAUUUCCUGUUUUCUAUAAUGAACAGUUUGAAAACCCAAAGAAGCAAGAUACUUAGCUAUUUUUAUUAAACAAUCAAUAUAUAUAUAGUCAAAGUUGUUGCUAAUUAAUUUUCUCUCAAUCAUUAAUUGUUUCAGUUGUUACAUUUUAAGUGUUUACAUUGUACAAUCAGUCAUAUUCAAUGAGUUGGGCUUUUUUCUUUUUGAAGGCAGACUGAUUUUAAAUAAAUAUCUUAAAAUGUGACUUAUUAGUCAGACAACUAAGUUAGAAUAAAAAGGAUUUAGUAUUUUCCAUUAGAGUAACUUACAUGACAGAGCAGAGAAGUUAAAGUCAUGUUGGGAGAAGCUUUUCAAAAAAAUAUUAUUCCGUAAGUUAAUAAAAUAUUACAUUUUAAGUUUUUCACAGUUUGGUUUGAGGUUCAUGAGAUGUUCAGUGUGUAGGAUGCUGGAGGAGGAAUUUCAGGAUCAUGACCACAGUUUUUAUUUUAUUUUAAAUCAACGCUACAGCCCUACUGGGAGGCAUGCUGGGAAAUGUAGUCCGGUGUCUGGUCAGCUGGUCCUGCUCUGUUCUCAGACACACUUCUCUGUGUAUUUUAAGUUUUUGUGCCGCUGCAGCUGAUUUAACAAGACAGAAACGCUGCCUGCCCAUCAGUCUGAGAGCAUCUUGCAUUCAAUUGAUUGAUUGAUUGAUUGAUUGAUUGAUUGAUUGAUUGGACCCAAUAAGCCCACAGCCGCCCUGAGUCUGUAUAUAUUAGUGCUUCUAUUCCUGGGAGAGAUCUAAAUCUAUAUAUAAAAAUGUAUGUAUACAUAUUCUGAUUGUAUUUUUGUUGAUUUAUUGAUCAGGUGAUGUGAUCAGAUGUGACUCCGCCGUCGGUUGUCACUCGUCAUAUUUUUGUAGAAAAGCUUUAAAAAAAAAAAGAGGAGGAAACCCAGUGAACUUCCUGAUGUCUGAGGAUCUGAAACCCGAUUGGAUGUCUUGACUGUUAUGAAGCGAGCAAAGGACUAAACGGACGUAUGACCGACACGAACCAACAGAAUGUAGAAAUGCUUUUUUCUUUCUUCAUCUUUUGACGUUCUCUGUGGGAUCAAAAACUGAUAAUAAUAAUAAUUGAUUGAUUGAU